CUGUUAUGCAGGCAUGGCAGAGUCAAGGUCCAAAUCAAUGAUCAGGGACGCGAGUUUGUAAAUCAAGUGAGUAAUGAAUAUCACAAACUCGUGGGAACCCAUCAGAGAGUGACAAGCGCCUACCAUCCUCAGGCUAAUGGCAUGGUAGAGAGAGCUAAUCGUACUCUUCAAAAUUCACUUUUGAAGUGUACAAAAGGCAAUCAGAAGGAUUGGCCUGGAGUUUUCCCUGGUAUUGUAUUUGCCUACAAUACAUCAACGCAUGAAUCCUCAAAAUUCACGCCAUAUGAGAUGAUGUAUGGCAGAAAAGCUCUACUGCCCUGUGAGGAUGAUAGAGAACCAGAUACAGAUCUUGAUGAUCUAUCUGACACUGAUUAUGAAAGCAAUUACAAGAGUACAGCUGAGAAUAUGGAAGUCAUAUUCAAUACUGCAAUAAAAAAUAUUGCAAAGGCUCAGCUUAAGCAAAUGCACUUUAUCACAUAA